GGCCGCGCCGCCUCUCCCGAUGGGAUAAGCUGUAAACAUGUUCAGCUUUGAAGGGGAUUUCAAAACAAGGCCCAAGGUGUCCCUCGGAGGAGCGAGUCGGAAGGAAGAAAAGGCUUCUCUCCUGCAUCGUACUCAGGAAGAAAGGAGAAAACGGGAGGAAGAAAGGCGGAGGCUGAAAAAUGCAAUAAUAAUCCAGUCAUUUGUAAGGGGGUACAGGGACAGAAAGCAUCAAUACUCUAUCCAAAGAAGUGAAUUUGAUCGCUGUGCUAAUUUGGCCCAAUCUGGAGGAACUUUUUCCGCUACUAGUGGAGCUAAUUUGACCCUUUUAGUUCGUCAGUUACUCUUUUUCUAUAGACAGAAUGAGGAUUCUAAGCGUUUGAUAUGGAUGUGUCAGAAUUUAAUUAAACAGAAUUCUCAGUUUGUUAAGCAGCUGGAUGGUCCAGACAGACUUACUUGCUUAUUCCAAAUAAAAAGACUGUUGGGGCUGUGUUGCAGGCUAUUGCAAAAUUGCAAUGAUGACAGUCUGAAUGUUGCACUUCCUAUGAGAAUGCUUGAGGUAUUUUCAUCUGAGAAUACAUAUUUGCCUGUUCUACAAGAUGUCGGCUAUGUGGCAUCAUUAAUUGAACAAAUUUUGCACUACGUGAUUCAAAAAGGCUACUACAGGUCGCUUUAUUUGUUAAUUAACAAUAAGCUUCCAUCAAGUAUUGAGUAUUCUGAUGUUUCUCGAGUCCCUAUUGCAAAAAUACUUCUGGAGAAUGUUCUGAAACCAUUGCACUUUACAUAUAGCUCCUGCCCAGAAGGUGCAAGGCAACAGAUUUUUGCAGCCUUCACAGAGGAGUUUCUGGCAGCACCUUUUACAGAUCAAAUAUUCCAUUUCAUCAUUCCAGCGCUUGCUGAUGUGCAGACCAUUUUCCCUUAUGAACUCUUUCUGAAUGCACUAUUAUUAGCAGAAAGUGGAUGUUCAAGAAAAAAUGAUCGAGCCCCAUGGCUUUUUUACAUUGUUUUAACUGUUGGAGAAACAUAUUUGGGAUCCCUUUCAGAGGAAGGACUUCUUGUGUAUUUGAGGGUACUCCAAACUUUUCUCUCUCAGUUGCCUGUGUCGUCUACUGGUACAAAUUGUCAAGAUGCAACCAGUGAUUCUGAAGAUGAGGAUGAAGAGAUCAGUAAAAUGAUAACCACGCCAGGCGAUGGGAGAAUAUCAGUUCAGUAUAUAACUGAGGAGUGUCUAAAGAAAUUGGAUACGAAACAGCAGACAAACACUCUACUGAAUAUGGUUUGGAGAGAUUCGGCUAGUGAGGAGGUCUUUACCUUGAUGGCAUCGAUCUGCCACACGCUAAUGGUACAACACCGAAUGAUGGUGCCAAAAGUCAGGCUUCUUUACAGUUUAGCCUUUAAUGCCAGAUUCUUGAGGCAUCUUUGGUAUUUGAUAUCUUCAAUGACUACACGAAUGAUUACAGGGUCAAUGGUGCCGCUGCUUCAAGUGAUUUCAAGAGGCUCUCCAAUGUCUUUAGAAGACUCUAGUCGAAUUAUUCCUCUCUUUUACCUUUUUAGUUCUUUGUUUAGUCAUUCUCUUAUUUCUAUUCAUGAUAACGAAUUCUUUGGUGACCCUAUAGAAGUUGUAGGUCAAAGACAAUCAUCAAUGAUGCCUUUUACGCUAGAAGAGCUAGUAAUAUUAUCACGCUGCCUUCGAGAUGCAUGUUUAGGAAUCAUAAAGUUGGCUUACCCUGAAACAAAACCAGAAGUUCGUGAGGAAUAUAUCGCAGCAUUUAGAAGUGUUGGAGUAACAAAAAAUACAGAAAUGCAGCAAUGUAUACAGACAGAACAAAAAAGAUGGAUUCAGUUAUUCAAGGUCAUCACAAACUUAGUGAAAAUGUUGAAAUCUAGAGAUACAAGGAGAAAUUUCUGCCCACCAAAUCACUGGCUGUCAGAACAAGAAAACAUAAAAGCAGAUAAGGUUACCCAGCUGUACGUGCCAUCCGCUAGACAUGUCUGGAGAGUUAGAAGAAUGGGAAGAAUAGGACCGUUGCAAUCUACCUUGGACGUGGGUUUGGAACCAGCACCUCUUUCCGUAUCUGAAGAACGACAACUUGCAAUUCUGACAGAGCUACCUUUUGUAGUUCCUUUUGAAGAAAGAGUAAAGAUUUUUCAAAGACUGAUCUAUGCUGAUAAGCAGGAAGUUCAAGGAGAUGGUCCAUUUCUGGAUGGAAUUAAUGUCACUAUCAGAAGAAAUUAUAUUUAUGAAGAUGCUUAUGAUAAACUUUCUCCUGAAAAUGAACCUGACCUAAAAAAGCGCAUUCGUGUUCACUUACUUAAUGCGCAUGGCCUUGAUGAAGCUGGUAUCGAUGGUGGUGGAAUUUUCAGAGAAUUUCUGAAUGAGCUGCUUAAAUCAGGAUUUAACCCUAACCAGGGAUUUUUUAAGACCACGAAUGAGGGACUUCUUUAUCCUAACCCUGCUGCACAGAUGCUCGUUGGAGAUUCUUAUGCCCGACAUUACUACUUUCUUGGAAGAAUGCUUGGAAAGGCUCUGUAUGAAAAUAUGCUGGUGGAGCUACCGUUUGCUAGUUUUUUCCUCUCAAAGUUACUGGGGACAAGUGCUGAUGUUGACAUUCAUCAUUUAGCUUCAUUAGAUCCAGAAAUGUACAAGAAUUUGCUUUUUCUCAAGAGCUAUGAAGGGGAUGUGGAAGAACUUGGACUGAACUUCACUGUGGUAAAUAAUGACCUUGGGGAAGCACAGGUGGUUGAACUGAAGCCAGGUGGAAAAGAUAUUCCUGUCACCAGUGCUAACCGAAUAGCAUACAUCCAUCUGGUGGCAGACUACAGAUUAAACAAACAAAUUCGACAGCAUUGCCUUGCUUUCCGUCAGGGGCUGGCCAAUGUUGUGAAUCUUGAAUGGCUCCGAAUGUUUGAUCAACAGGAAAUACAGGUUUUGAUAUCUGGUGCCCAGGUUCCUAUUAGUUUGGAUGACCUUAAAUCUUUCACAAACUAUUCAGGUGGCUAUGCAGCAGACCAUCCUGUAAUAAAAAUAUUUUGGAGGGUUGUGGAAAGCUUCACUGAUGAAGAGAAACGCAAACUGCUCAAGUUUGUAACGAGCUGCUCUCGACCACCUCUUCUGGGGUUUAAGGAGUUGUAUCCUGCAUUUUGCAUUCACAAUGGAGGAUCUGAUUUAGACAGGCUACCCACUGCCAGUACCUGCAUGAACUUGCUGAAGCUUCCUGAGUUUUAUGAUGAAAAUCUUAUGCGAAGCAAGCUUCUUUAUGCCAUUGAAUGUGCUGCUGGAUUUGAACUAAGCUGAGUUGAACUGAUGCUUAAUGCAGAUGACCUGCAAAGGAACUAACCAGUGCCUACUCCAUAAGCAGCACCCAUACAUACCCAAGCAGUUUUAAGGGAAUUCUGUCUAGAUUUCUGCAGCUCUUGUGUCUUAUCAAAUGCCCUCAAAUAGGUUUCAUUUUUAAACACAAUUUGUUAGUUAGCUUUCAUUAAUUAAUAUUACAUUGACACUGCUUUAUGAUUCAAACUAAUGAAUGCUGUGUGCAGUGUGGCUGUUUUCUGUGUUUAUGCGAAGAAAGAGCACAUUUAAAGAACAGUGACACAUCUCAGUAAAAUUAACCAAAGACAAAGCUUUGGCUUUGUGCUGUUCAAAUAUAAAUAACUUCACAAACUGGCAAUAGAGUUGUGUACCAUGCAGCACACUGGGAUGAGACAGGGCUAACAUCCUGUAAUUAAUCUUUUAGAUGGAAGUGAAGCAGAUGUUUGCAGAUGUCCCAGAACUGAGAGGUUGAAAAUGAUCGUUACCGAUAACCCAACGUCUUUACUUAUGUGGUAGAAUUGUUUACAAACCGUAGUUGUUGCAAUUAAGACGGAACUGAUUUUGUUUUAUACUACCUUCCCUCAAGAUGGUAGGCACUGAGAUAAAAGCAUUUAUAAACAAUAUUUUAUUUGUGCUUUCUGAAAUACCUUUGAGAAAUCGGAUUCGCGUGCUUAUUUUGAGUUCAACUUUUGGCUGCAUCAUUAUCACUUGAACACUGUCGUAAAUGGACGUGACUAUCCAUGUUUUCUCUGUUCUGUUUCUGUCUUCUGUGCCUGUACAGGUUGUUUUUUUUUUUUUUUAAUGUAUCAGACUCCUAUUGCAUACCCAGUACAUACAGAAGUCAUGACUUUGGAAAAAUAUACAUGUAACAACUAUUAAAAUUAUUUGAACCAAAGUUAUCAGGCUUUAUCUUUUAUAUUUGAAGCCUGUGGUGUUCACAUUCCUUUUCCCUACCAUUUUUUUCCAUCUUAAAUACCAUAUCUCUGCUGUAGACACUAGUCAAAUUCAUUAUUUUUUGUGAUUGAACAGCUUUUGUAUCCCUCUGCCUGCAGUAUUUCUGCUAAGAAAAGUAGGUGGGGAUAUGCUGCUUAAUAUAAUUUGAUUGCUGGGAAAUACUUGGUUUCAUAUGGAGGGAACCGAUUCUCUAGCAACAGGUGCAUAAUUGGGUAUUCACAUGUAACUGCAGUCAAUUUAAAAAAGGAAUUGUAGUUCAAACUGUUAGAGUCAAAAACAAGUGCAUCCCUCUGAAUUUUAGUUUUAUAUUUUAAAUCAUCAGAAUUUACAAUCAGAUUUGUAUUCAUCUCUUAUGCAAAAAACUAUUUUGCUGUUACUGGAAACGGUUGGAUUUCAUAUUUAAUAAGCAGUAACCAGCAAUAUCCUUUUAAAUGUGGGGCAACUGAGUGAUUUUAAGGUGUUUACUAGUAUCCAUAUAAAAAUGUAUAAUUUCUUAAUUCGGGUAAUAAAUGAAGUGUUAAAAUACUAUUUGUAGUCUUGAUGUACAGAAAUAAAAUGACUGGUUUUCUUUUUGGUUUUGCAUUAGGCUUUUUAUUUAUGUUAAAUAUUACAUACCCAACUUAUUCUUUACCCAAAAUUGAUUUCUUGUAUAUUUUUCUACAUAAAUUAUAAAACUUAUAAAUAAGAUGAAAAGAAAUCAGUAAUAGUGCAACUGCCUCCUCCUAAUAGCAAAACCUGAACACUUCUUUCAGAUAGCAUUAUUUAUUUUAUAAGCUAAUGCUUUAAAUAUUUUGAAAUUAUUUUUCAAUUCCCUUCUUUUGCUACAUUGAUAGCGUCAUAUUUGUAUGUUGUAAAAUGCAAAUUAAAAUUUUGUAUUAAAUAUCUGUAUUUUGAA